CGGAAGGGCGUUAGGCGGCGGCGGCGGCGGCGACGGCGACUCGGGUUUGGUUUCUCCCUCUCGGGUCCAGGGGCCGGUCGCUACUCGAGGGGCUCCGGAAGUGCGGACCGCAGUGGGAACUGUGACGAGAGACCUUCCCGGACUUGAGGGGGAGGCGAGACCGACCCCUGGGGGCUUCUCCCCCUCCGCACAGGGACCCCCCCGCCCGGACCCCGCCGCGCCCCUCCCCCUCCGCACAGGGACACCUCCCCCCUCCGCCUGGCUCGGACCCCGCUGUACCCCGCUGCCCAACAGGGCCUGCCGGGGACCAGCUUAGAUCCUGCUGUUCCCCGUCCUCCCCAAUAGGGAGCCUGCCAGCUGCUGAGACCUUCUGCUACCUGCCUCACCCGCCAGGUGCUCACUUGGACCCCUGGGUGCCCACUCUGUCUCCAGAGGGUGCUUGCUGUGUUCCCUUCUUCCUAAGUGCCUAGAGGGGGUCUGGGGUGCUGUGCCCCUCUGGCAUCCCUCUUGGUUGCUGGGAUUUCCUCACCAAGCUUGGCCUCCGCGUGACACGCAGACGGGUUGUCCUGGUUGGCAUUUGCUCCCUGCUGAGGAUCUAGAGCAGCACGGUCCCACGGUCCACGACAAGUUGCACUGAGCUGGUUUGUGCCCCUUGGUACUGGAUCCAUUGCAGGGAGAGGAUUCUGGCAUGUACACCCCAGGUGGCUCUGGGUUGCCUGGAGGGCGCAGGCGGAGAGGCCAGAGUGGAGGUGCCCUCCCAAAGCAGCCAGAGAGGAGCCUGGCCUCUGCACUGCCCGGCGCCUUGUCUAUCACAGCCCUGUGCACUGCACUGGCGGAGCCUGCCUGGCUACGGAUUCACGGGGGGACGUGUUCCCGUCAGGAGCUGGGUGUAGCUGAUGUACUUGGCUACCUUGAUCCAGAAUUGCUUAGAGACUACUGCAUGAAUCCACAGACAGUCUUGUUGCUCCGGGUCAUCGCUGCUUUCUGUUUCCUUGGAAUAAUAUGCAGCCUUUCAGCUUUUCUGCUAGAUGUUUUUGGACCCAGGCAUCCUGCGCUGAAGAUCACUCGGCGCUAUGCCUUUGCUCACAUUCUCACAGUUUUGCAAUGUGCCACUGUGAUUGGAUUCUGUUACUGGGCCUCGGAGCUGAUUCUUGCACAGCAGCAGCAGCACAAAAAGUACCAUGGAUCUCAGGUCUAUGUCACCUUUGCUGUCAGCUUUUACCUGGUGGCGGGAGCUGGUGGAGCCUCCAUCCUCGCUACUGCUGCCAACCUGCUGCGCCACUACCCAACCGAGGAGGAGGAGCAGGCACUGGAGCUCCUGUCCGAGAUGGAGGAGAAUGAACCUUACCCAGCAGAGUACGAAGUGAUCAACCAGUUCCAGCCACCUCCUGCUUAUACGCCAUAAUGCUGCCAGCGAGCUAUAGGGGGCAGCACCUAGGCUUUCUCCCAGCCCCCCAAAACUAACUGCCCAUCUCUUUUUGAGAAUGCACUCCCUUGCCCAUGGAGGCCACUCAACAGUGCCUCGCUUCCCAGGCAACUUGCUCACUCUUAUGCUCUUCUACCCACAAGGGAGAGGACUUCCUUUAGAGAGUCAAAUGACCAGCGGUUUCUUCUUAAAGAGCCUCCCAAAACCUCCUUGUUUUAUGGACUUUGUUUUGUGAUUUUUAUCUCCCACUCCCAUGCACUGUACAUACCUGGCAGUGCUGAAAUACUCCCUGACCAAGAUGAUUUCAGCAGCUCUCAACUUCCUAUGUAAUCUCAGAGACUCGUACUGUGCUGCCCCAAUACUCCCACUCACCAGCAUGGUGUAGGAAUGCACCGUUGUGCAGAAAUCACGCCUGUUUCUGACAUGCAUGUGCAUACCUGGGGGAAGGGGUGUGUGCUUGGGGGAGGGGGUUCCCUAAUCUCACAUUGUAAUAUUCAAGAUCUCAUUCACACUGGCCCAGAUACCUGCAUAGCGGUGACAGUCACGUAGGUACACAUGCCUGCAUUAGAGGUGAAUUCUGCAGUCUUCUGCUGUUAUCCAUGCAAGCUCAGUCAAGCCUCUGUAGAGGUGUAACUUAGUGAUAAGCACACCUGGAGAGGUGUGUUCCAUAGGAGCACCGUAACACCUAUAUAUAGGUGAAACUCCCACCAUUACGAACUGGUCUGUAGAAGAGAAAUUUCUUUAUAUCGAUAGCAUACUAGGUGAAGGGUCUAGCAAAUCUGCCACCGCUGCUUUUUCCACUUCCACACUCUGAUUCAUGCUAUUGACACAAGCAUUUUGCACUUUAUUCUCCGAGCUCACAGCCUUUCUUUCCCCCCAGAUUUCUGGGGAACUGUGGAACUUUCUACGACUAGCUACUGUAUACCUCUACCAUUAAGCGGCCCUCAGAUAAGUUCAUAGAUUAUUAAGGUUGGAAGGGACCUCAGGAGAUCAUCUAGUCCAACCCCCUGCUCAAAGCAGGACCAGUCCCCAAAUGGGCCCUGGGUUUAGCAGGCUAAUGCUCAAACCACUGAUCUAGGAGUUUAUGAUGGAGCUCCUGCAUCUCUAAGUGAAUCCGAAGCGUGUCUGUGAGUCAAUUCAGCAAUUCUUGGAACUGCCUGAAGUCAUACGCCAUAGGAGCAUAGUGGAAGCAUUACGGCUGCAUCAGGUAAUGAGGCAGAAAUUUUAGUGAGAGGAGUCACCUCCUUAUCUGCCCUAGCUUCCUGCUCCUUGAAGGUCUCUUCCUGACAUAGGUGGUUUGGAAAAUGGGCCCUUUUCUGCCCCCUCCUAUGGUGGGACAAUUUCAUUGUAAAUUGUUGACAACAGAAUGCACACAAGUCCUAGAAAGGUGAAUGAGGG